AUGAAAUCAGAAGCAGAAAAACAUCCCUUAUCUUUUGUUCCAUCUUUAUAUCCCACCGAUGAAGAGUUUGCAAAUCCAAUUGAAUAUUUAUCCAGACCAGCUAUUAGAGAUUUGGGUUUAGAAUAUGGUAUUCUAAAAUUGAUCCCACCAAAGGGGUUUAAUCCACCCUUAGCUUUGGAUAAACCCAAUUUUGAAUUUCCCAUUAGAAUUCAAAAUUUACCACAUUUAAACAUUCAGAAUAGGAAUAGAUUGUCCUUUAUGAAACAAUUGAAUAAUUUCCAUAAAUUCAAUGGAACACUGGGAGAUUCAAAAUUAGAUGAGCCUUUCAUAAUUAUAAACCAUCCAUAUACAAAGAAGGAAACAAAAUUAUACAUUUAUGAUCUUUUCAUUGAAAUUGUUCGUAACGCACUUAUUAUUAAAAUUGAAAAUGAUCAAACGAGGAAAAAUGCAGAAUUAAUACAAAACAAUAAGGCUGAAGAAAUUAAAACCAUGAUUUACAUUGAUCAAUAUAAGGAGAAGAAUUUUACACUUUCCAAGAAAGAAAUUAUUUUAAAUAAUAAUGAACUAUGGAGGAAAGUCUCCACUUGCCUAGAGGAAUUCACUAUUCGUGACUUGAAAAACGUUUUCCAUAAGUAUCUUUCCGAAUAUUAUGAUUAUUAUAUUCGUGAAACAACUAUAACUAAAGGAGAAAAAGACUAUAAUACAAUAAACGUUUCUCAGUCAGUUGCAUGGAAAAAUGAUACGGAAUCAAUUUUAACAGAUCCCGAGGAUAGUAGUGAUGAUACCCCUCUUAUACCGGAGGAUGAUGACUAUUGGGAAUGGGAAUGUCAUAUAUGUCACAGAUUCACAAAAGAAUUUUGCAUUGAAUUUUGUGACUCAUGUGAAAGGCCAUUCCAUUUUGCAUGUAUUGCUAGUUCAAAGAUUAAAUUAGAUUGUCCUAAUCCUAAAACCUGGGUAUGCAAAAAUUGUAUGAUUGGGAAUGGUGUUUAUGGGUUUAGAACAAGAACAAGACCAUAUAAAUUAUCAGACUUUAAGAAACGUUGUGAAAGAGAAGAGGAUCCUAAAGAUAAAAAUUUAACUAUUUCACAAUUAGAAGACAAAUUUUGGGGAUACGUAAAUGAUAUUAAGGGGCACAAAGUUGUGAAAUAUGGCGCUGAUAUUCAUAAUACGACACCGGGACAAGCUUCAGGUUUCCCCAAUAGAGAAUAUAUGCAUAUGACUCCCAAUUAUGAUUCUAAAGAAUUUGAAAAAUAUAUUGACCACCCCAUGAAUUUGAUAAAUCUUCCAACUGCUAAAGGUUCAUUAUUAAAGGAACUAAGAUAUAAAAAUAUUUCUGGUUUGACUCUCCCAUGGCUUUAUGUUGGUUCCAAAUUUUCCACAUUUUGUUGGCAUAUGGAAGAUCAAUAUACAUUGAGUGCCAAUUAUCAACACGAAGGUUCUCCCAAAAUUUGGUAUAGUAUUCCGCCAAUUUACUACGGUAUUUUUAACUCAUUGAUUUUUGAUAUAUGUCCUGAUUUAACUUUUAAACAACCUGAUAUUUUGCAUCAACUAAUAUCAUUAAUUUCACCCUAUGAUAAAAGGUUCCAAAAGGAGAGAAUUAAAUGUUAUAAAGCUAUUCAAAAUCCUAAUGAAUAUAUUAUUACCUUCCCACACUGUUAUCAUUCAGGAUUUAAUACUGGUUAUAAUUUAAAUGAAGCUGUUAAUUUUACCACAGAUUUUUGGGUACCAUAUGGAAUUAAUGCAUCACGGGAAUAUCGAGGUACAGCUACCCCAGGUUUGUUUGAUAUGUAUGAUUUGCUAGUAUCUGUUCUAGAUCAGUUUAGAUCGAAUAAUUUUACAUUCAGGGGUAAAGAAAAGUCAUAUUUAUUGGAGGAAACUUACGCACAAGUUAAGUUCUUCUUUAAUGCUCAAAAAAAAAUAGUUGAUCAAUUAACUACUCAAUUCUUACGAAAGCCAGCAAAAAAUAUCAAGUUCGAAAAACAUCUUGAUUCCAAUUGCGGAAGAACUUUGAGAAGGACUAGUAGUGAUAAAAAGAAGAUAAGAAAGAAGGUGAACAGUAGUAACAGUACUAGUAAUGAUUCAAAGGAAGCUGCAAAUGAAGAUAUUGAUAUAUAUUGCACAAAAUGUAAGACAAUUUGUUCAUUCGCAUUUGCUGUACAUUAUCAGGACGUUGUAAAGAAUAAAGGCAAGGAAGAUGAUGAGGGCGGUUUUACUAAUGAAGAAGAAGAUGCGAGCUAUGAAGAAGCGGACUUCGAUGAUAUGAAUGAGGAAACAGGUGAGGGAGAGAGUGUGGACAUUUGGAACGAGAUGUUAGCUCCGGAAUGGAACAAAUUAGGAGAACAGGGUAUUCAACUGCUAUGUCUGGAUGAUUACAAAAGUUUUAUUAGACCUCAUGAAAGGGAGAUGAGGAAACACAAAGAAGCUCAUCAUAAUAAUAAAGAGUGCUUCUGUCAAGUUCACAAAGAACUUUUUGCAAGGGAUGAAGUGUUUUAUGUUAGGGAUUGGAAAGGUAUUACUGAUCUUUUAAGUGAUGUUUGUCCCUUCAUUUUCCCACUAGGAGAUCAGGAAAUAACUUGUACUCGUUUCAAUGUAUUUAAUCUUUAA